CAGCGCUCGUUAUUGGAAGGCCAAAGAAACAGCCGCUUUAAAGGUGACAUUUCUCCGUCUGAUCACUUUUGUCAAUUCGAUAAAUACUUAAAAAAACCCACAAAGUGCUGGCACAGGCAUAAGCAUGUCUUCUCUCGGGAGGACAGCGGGUGUCCUCCGAAGCGGCCUGCAGCUCUUCAGGCGUGGACCUCAGCAGAUGACCCUCAGAAAGGCAGGAGGCGGACCCCUGUACAGACAGCCUCCUCAGAUCACCAAGAAGCAGAUGUUCCAGGCUGAGCUGCUCAGCGGAGCCAUGUGGUUCUGGAUCCUGUGGCACACCUGGCACGACCCGGAUGCCAUCCUGGGUCAUUUCCCAUGGCCGGAUACUUCAGCAUGGACUGAUGAGGAGCUGGGAAUCCCACCUGAUGAUGAAGAGUAGACUUGCCCUCAACACCCCAAAUUUACACAUGUAUUCAAGUCAUUAACAUGCAGAGGAAAUUGCUAAUUUCUUACCUGGUGUGUUGCCACAGCAUGCAUGACUGAUUUUUCUCUUCUCCAUCUUGCACUUGGAGAUGUGCAACAGAUGUGAUGGCAAACCCACACAUUUUCUGUAGAGGAAACUGAAAGUACCUGUUAUGUGGACUUAUUAUCAAGUCUAACUGUAAACGUUAUAUUGUAAAAGACAAGACUAAAUAAAUAAAAACCAUUGAGUCUUGA